GGUUAAACAUUAUGGCGGCUGACAUUUGAUUAUGAGCAUACAGCAUGGACAUUUCACCGACACAAGCCAUCAUAGAACGACUUAACAUGGAUGUUGAUUCGAAUUCACAAUCUGUUCAUAUCAGGGAUCUACCAGAGGAGAUUUUAGAAUAUGUACUUCGAUACUUAUCUCCAUAUCGGGAUUUAAAAUCGGCGAUGCUGGUGUGCCACCAAUGGCAUCGACUUGUUCAAGGUGUGCUGCAUCAAAUCUACCUUGACUUCCUUCAUAGUUUGUGGGACAGUAAGAUCAGCUGGACAGAGAUCCUGCCUGAGGUUGGCUCCAACAUCACAGAGCGCUACUCUCACUGUGCUUGCUACUAUGACAAAUCUGCCUACAUCUUCGGUGGCUGCACUUCCACAAAUACAACCUUCAAUGACCUCUGGAGGUUUGACCUUUCAACAAGACAGUGGGUCCGACCACUAGCCAUAGGAACAUAUCCAUCACCAAAGGCAUGUUCCAGCAUGACAGUCUACAAAGACAGCCUAGUCCUUUUUGGUGGCUGGAGCCAUCCUACUCCUUAUCCCCUGCAUCAGGCUGCCCGGUUUUUCUCUGAGCUACACAUGUACAAACCAGAGACAAACAGGUGGUUUCACAUCACCACCAUGUCCCCAACAAGUCCUAAGCCAACAGCUGGUCACUCAGCCUCUGUAGUCGGGGACACCAUGGUCGUGUUUGGAGGCUCACAUAUUCCAGGAGCUGGAACCAAUGAUGUUUGGGUGUUUGAUUUCAUUGAAAUGCUGUGGAAAAAGAAGCAAAUUGGAAAUAAGAAACCUAGCCCAAGAUAUGGCCAAACACAGAUGACCAUAGAUGACUCACAUAUUCUGAUCAUCGGGGGAUGUGGUGGACCUAAUCAGAUCUUUAGCGAUGUCUGGCUUCUCUCCCUUGACUGUGAACCUUGGCAAUGGCAAGAGAUUCAUGUAUUACAUCCAGAAAAUGCAGCUCCUCAACUUUGGUGUCACCCAGCUUGUAAGGUUGGUGAUAUGAUAGUGGUUCUAAGUAAACCCAGCAAACCCCUGCAGUCCUCCUCCAAGGAAAAUAUCCGGGAAAAUCAGGCCACCAUGCGUCAAACUUUUAGGGGAAAUAGAGUGUGGGUCCCUCCAAGGGGAGAUAAUUCACAAGACGCACCCUCUGAUAAUCGCAAUAGAGCCCGACCUAUGCAUGUAUCCGACAGUGAUGACAGCUCUGGAGCAGAGAGUGAGGAUAACAUGCCUGGAGGUCAGGGAGGUCAGAGACCAGAGUUCAAACAUCCCUCCUAUUUACAGCUAAGGUCAUCAAGGUCAAGAGGUCAACCGAAUCAGUCCUCUAGAGGAAUGGGAGGUCACUUGUCACCCAAUAGACUUCAAGGUCAAGGACAUUUUUCAGGCAGUGUGGUAGGGGAUGACCUUCCAUCUGAGGAAGGAGCAUGCGGAGGCACAAGUAGCUUAAGGCCUGGGGUGCCUUCAGUGCGACCAAAUGCUAUGAAAAAUAGACAAAAACAGUUAGAGGCACUGAGGAAGUUUGAGGAAAAAUUGCGAGAGAGUCGCAUUGGACAAUCAUCGUCAUCUGGCAGGGGGCAAGGGAAUGCAUCAUCUGUAGGGGGAGGUAAUACUGCUAACUCUCGAGACAAUCGUGUGACAAUGCAUUUACAUGUUCUAGACAUUAGUGAGGUCAUCAAGACCAAGACGGCCACAUGGCGACCUAUCAAUGAAAACAUUUCCUUAAAUGCUCCAGAGGAGACAAUAUUCUACUCAAUGGUUGAAGGUCGAGGAGAACUGAUAGUUUUUGGUGGUAUUCAGCGAGACAUCCAGUCCAUGCAGCGUGGUAUGGACGUUAAGCCACAAGUCGUUAGCAACAGUCUCUACAUUGUUUCUCCUCGUAAACAGUAUUUAUAGCUAUAAGAACUAUUUGUACAACGUAUAGAUUUCACUGCUAUAGCUUGACCAUACUGCAGAAUUAUUUCACAAUGGGCCAAUUUUUUAUUAUUUAAAACAAAGUUAUUAGCUGAACCACAGGGAAAUUUGUUUUAAAAUGUCUAGCAAUUCCCUGUAAUACAUAUGUACUUGAAGAUAAAACCAAGCCUGUGAAAAACUGAAAUAAUGAAAUUGAAUGAUCUUUAAUUAAAAGUUUUAACAAUUCCAAUGCACGGAUGUGGAUAAUGCUAUCAAAAAGUGGCAAUUUACACUUAUCUAGUAAUUGGUACCAAUAAAGAUUUAGAAAUCAUGUAGGAUUAAGAAAGUAACCAUAAAAAGUUUGGGCUGGUGCUAAAAUUUAGGAUUGGUAGAAGAAAAAAAGAAGCUUUUCUUGGCUAAAUUUUGUUUCCAUUUUAAAAUUUGUUAUUUUGUUGUUAACUAGACUAAUUGCCAAUGGUCCCUGUGCCUGGAAAUCAUCACAGAUAUAUGAUAAUGUCCUGCUUCCUGCAUGUAUCUAUUAUUGUAUACCUAUGUAGAUAUGAAUCUAGUCUUAGUGUCCAAUAGCUAGUCCUAGUUUUUGAAAGUUUUGGAACCGUGAUAUGUAAAGACGGAAAUGAAAGAUGCUGUGAAAAAGGUUUAAUUUCCUAUUAAAUUUGAUAAUGCAUUAAAUUUUAAUUGCCACUGGAACUUCCAAGGCAUGAGUUCAAUUGUAUUGAACCUCUGAUUUCGCCUUAUGAAAUUAGUGAUGUUUCUGAAUGUAUUUACAUUGAUGCUAUAAUUGAAUACAAAGGACCUGUCAAACAUUCUUACAUGAAUUCAUCUUCUGUGUAUUCUUGGCAUAUAACUGGUGGGGGGCUGCAAUUUGCCAAAUUGUCUCGUUAUUUUUAUUUUACAAUUAAUAGUCAUCUGCUUUGUGUAAAAAUUAUCAUGUGUUGUUGAAUUAUUCAGCAAGAAUGUUAAUUAUGAUUCGUUGUAAAUGGUGUAUGGAAAGAGUUUUUGUUUAAGAAUGUACAUGUAUCUGAUAAAUUCUUGUGAAGAAUUUUGUAUUGUUUUAGUGUUUUGACAUACAAAAUGAAGGUGACUAACAGUAAGUUUUCAUCCUUGUUGACAUCAUCAUUUGAUCACAUUUUAUUUCUUGGUUACAUGAAUAUGGAUGGUCAAUAUUCCUUUCAGUGAUAAUACAGCAAGGGGAGAUAAUUAUGUGUCAAUUGUAUACAUUAAGGGGAGAUAAUUAUGUGUUAAUUGUAAACAUAGGGGAGAUAAUUAUGUGUCAAUUGUAUACAUUAAGGGGGAUACUUAUGUGCAAAUAAUAUAUAAUAAGGGGAGAUAAAAACAUAUCAAUAACAUGCAGUAAGGGGAGAUAAUUUUGUCACUAUAUAUUCAGACAUAAUGUGCAUAUACAGUAAGGGGGAUGGUAACAUACAAUAUCAAUAUAAAUUAAUAAUAGUACCUGGUUAGGUGAGAUGAAAACGUUUAAAUAAUAUAUAAGGGGAGAUGGUUAUGUAUGAUAAUGUAAGUAAGGGGAGGUAAUAAUAACAUACAAUAUGGGGGAAAAAAUAUGUCAAUAUAUAAUAUAUAUAUAUACAGGAAGGGGAGAUAUCAACAUAUCAAUACAUGUAUAUAGUUCAGGGAGAUAAUUACAUAUCACUAAUAAAAGGUAAAGGGGAUUAAUUAUAUGCCAAUUAUAACAAUAUAAGGAAAUGAUAAGUUAAUGUAUAUAUACAGUACAUGUAUACAGUAAGGGAAAUAAUGACAUAUCAAUAUAAAAUAACAUAAUGUAAGGGGAGGUAAUAAUAUUAAUAAUUCACAGGAAGGGGAGAUAAUAAUGUAUCACUGAUAUGGUACCAUGAUCACUAAUUUACAAUAAUAUAAUGGGCUUUUUGUAUGUCUGUUGUUGAUGUUUAUUAUCCCUCAGUACAUCCUGUCCAUUAUUUUGUUGAUAUUUUUCUGUACUUGCCCUUAUUUUGGAAAGUGAUGCCCUUAAGUUCAUAACACAUUCCUAAUAAAGAUACAUGUACUUAA